CCAUUGAGACUUUCACAGCAUCCUUUCUUUUUUUCUGUCCCCUCGGUAGGUUCUCUGAGGUACGCACGGCUUAGCGACGACUUUCGUCACUUUGCGUCACCCCAAUGCUUCCUUUUGUUGACAGAUAUCCCGUCCAAUUUCGAUCACAUCAUGGCGCCGAGGAAGGAUCCCAAAGCUAAGGUCCCAGUUCGGCCAGCUCCGGAAAAGCGGGACUAUGAGUUUGGUCGCCCUCUCGGCGCGUUUAUAUUCAUAUUCGGCCUCUCAACUCUUAUCUACAGCUUCACCUUUCUAUGUAACGAUGUGUCUGGCUGUCCUGCUCCGUCAUUGCUCAAUCCGUCGACAUUAUCCCUAGACAAGUUAAAGGACGAGGUUGGUUGGCCACAAGACGGUCUUAAAGCAUUCUUUGACAUUUGGGUAACCCUGUGGGUGUUGAGCUAUUAUCUACUCUGUCUAGUUCUAUACGUGUUUCUACCAGGCGAGGUGGUCGAGGGCACGGAAUUGGCCUGUAAGGGAAGGCUUCGCUACAAGUUCAAUGCCUUUCCUUCCGCCGUUUUGAUCCUCUGUGGUUUAGCUCUGGGCACAUACAUGUAUGGUGCUGACUUUAUCAUAUGGACUUUUCUCUGGGAUAAGUACUUGCAGGUCAUCACGGCAAACUUAAUGAUUUGCACGGCCAUCGCCGUCUUCGUUUAUGCGAGAAGUUUCUCAGUCCCUGCGCCUGGUCAGCUCAACCCCGAGCUGCGAGAAUUGGCACCAGGUGGCCAAACCGGAAAUGUUCUGUAUGAUUUCUUCAUCGGCCGCGAGCUGAACCCACGGGUGCGAUUACCUAUUCCUUUUGUCGACGAGGCCUCACGAACGAUUGAUAUCAAUGUAUGGUGUGAGAUGAGACCAGGACUGCUUGGGUGGAUUAUAUUGAACUUGUCCAAUAUUGCCCGCCAAUACAGAACGUACGGCUACAUCACAAACUCUAUAGUGCUCUCUACCGUAUUCCAAGCCUUCUAUGUUCUGGAUGGGCUGUAUAUGGAGCCAGCCGUAUUAACCACGAUGGAUGUGAUUAUGGAUGGAUUCGGUUAUAUGCUCUCUUUUGGGCACCUGGUGUGGGUACCCUUCGUCUACAAUUUCCAAACCAGGUACCUUGCGGUUUUCCCUUUGGAACUGGGCUUGAAAAGUAUCCUGUUGAUCUUGACCGUAACCGGUGUGGGUUACUCGAUUUUCCGCGGCGCCAACAACCAGAAGAACCGUUUCCGUACGGACCCCAACGACCCACGCGUGAAGCAUAUCAAAUACAUUCAGACAUCUAGUGGCUCUAAGCUGAUGGUUUCCGGCUGGUGGGGAUUGGCACGCCAUAUCAAUUACUUGGGCGACUGGCUAAUGUCGUGGUCAUAUUCAUUGCCCACCGGGGUUGCUGGCUACACUAUAAUUGAAAGCAUCAACAGCGUUGGCAAUGUAGAGAAGCAGGCCAUACAGACACCCGAAGUCUGCGGAUGGGGAAUGAUUUUUACUUACUUCUUCAUGCUUUAUUUCGGUAUUCUGCUCAUUCACCGCGAAAGACGCGACGAAGAAAAGUGCAAGAAGAAAUAUGGCGCCGACUGGAAGCGUUAUACAUCCAUUGUUCGCAGCCGUAUCAUUCCCGGUAUCUACUAGUUCAAGGACCCCAUGCAUGGUAUCGAGGUUAUUCUAACAUCUUCAAUAUUCUGGAUUGAAAGUUUUAUGUGCUUGAAGAUUUACCUGGCCCGGUUUAUGCAUCCAUACAUAUUAUUUUUCCAAAUGUACACCAAUUAGAGUCA